AAGAGCCCGCAUUCUCAUCGUCCUUAUUGCGAGGGCGGGGUCAUUGAUUAUUGAAUUUUCUUUCUACUGGUCGUGUCUACGCUCAGCUUCAUCUUGCACACCAUGUCCUUCCUCCGCAACUGCCGGACUGCCGGUGCGCAAGUCCGUGGCUUUGCCUCGUCCGCUUCCAUGCGAGUCGGGCCCGAGUCUCCCAAUUUCAUUGACGUCCCGCGGACUAUCCAGCCUGAAUUGCCUUCGAAACCCCGUGUGAAGGGUACGCUUCCGGUGCCUCGAGAAAUCUUCCCCGCUCGCCGAACAGACAAGCCAUCCAAGGAAUACAUGUUGGAUGCAACACCUUUGCCCACCCACCAGACCCCAAUCGACCCGAAAGACCCUCAUGCGGAGUAUAUCGAAUCGAAGCGGCGCAUGGCCGACUUGAGAAGAAAGAACCUCCGGGAAGGUCUCCAGGAACUACAUAGGCGUAAGAGACGGACCGACAACAGCAUGAUGGAGCGCAGUCUGGAGAAGCAGAGACGACGAGAAGAAAUCUUCCAACAGCCGGAACGACUGGAUGAGAGUUUGACUCGUCCAUCCGUGGUGCAGGGUAUGCAACCUAGCCGGACAGCGGUGCUGCCGGACCCAGAUCGGGAAGUGCGUCUUGCGGGAUCUCGAGCACGGGUGGAGACUUUGAACGCGCAGAAAAGAAUUGAACGAGAGGAUGCGCUUCAGACACUGUACAUGAACGCGCGAAAAUUCAUCACGACAGAGGAGCAGCUGGCUGCGGAGAUUGAGCGGGUGUUCCCGGAUGGGUACAACCCAGAGUUCACCAACGACACCUUCCAGGGAGAGAACAUUUGGAACAAGGGCUCACCAACCUCUGUGCAGUCUAUUGUCAACGAUUCCCGGAGGAACGAGGUUGCCCGGUGGGAUACCAUUCAGGACCGAGUCAAGAAGCUUGGCGAGGAGCUUACUGGAGGAAAGCUGUAAAGAGAGUUAUGGUCAAUGUAUUAUGUAUUAUAGCAACUAGCAACUACAAUUUUAUUUGAUUUGUACGAUGAAUCCAUGGAGACA